GGCCGCAACGAGCGAGGGGCGACACGCGUUCCCUCGGUCGAAUCUGUACUUCCGUGGGUCCUCGUGGUCCGGGUGUGCACUUUCUCAAUGGGAACAUGGGAAACCGGCGCCCACACCGCACUCUCCCUGACUUGGCAGGUGGCAUCACCCCAGGAGCUGCGCACAGGCCAGUUUGUCCCCAGGCGAUAUUCACUCAGGUCGGAAAGAAUAGCAGCAUUUGGUUUGUGCAAGUCUUGGUGCCUGUCUGUAACUAGAUAACCAGAAGACUUACAAACAUGUCCGAGUUUUGGCUUAUUUCGGCCCCUGGCGAUAAGGAAAAUUUACAAGCUCUGGAGAGGAUGAACAUUGUAACUUCAAAGUCUAACCUGUCCCACAACACCAAGUUUGCCAUCCCAGACUUCAAGGUGGGGACUUUGGAUUCCCUUGUUGGUCUCUCUGAUGAGUUGGGGAAACUCGAUACCUUUGCUGAAAGCCUCAUAAAGAGAAUGGCGCAGAGUGUGGUGGAAGUCAUGGAAGAUUCCAAGGGAAAAGUACACGAGAACCUCCUGGCUAAUGGAGGUCUGAAGGAAAAGAUGAAAUGUUUAAAGAUUGACCUGACAUCCUUUGUGACGCACUUUGAGUGGGACAUGGCCAAAUAUCCUGCCAAGCAGCCACUGGUGAUCGUGGUGGACACCCUGGCUAAGCAACUGGCACAAAUUGAGACAGACCUGAAGUCCCGAACAGCUGCCUACAGCGUUCUGAAGGCCAACCUGGAGAACUUGGAGAAGAAAUCCACGGGGAACCUCUUCACUCGGACACUGAGCGAUAUUGUCAGCAAGGAAGACUUCGUACUCGAUUCUGAAUAUCUCAUAACCCUGCUGGUCAUCGUCCCCAAGUCAAGCUAUGUACAGUGGCAGAAGACAUAUGAGUCCCUAUCGGACAUGGUGGUCCCUCGGUCAACCAAACUGAUCGCCGAGGACAACGAAGGUGGUCUCUUCACGGUGACUCUUUUCCGAAAAGUGAUUGAAGAUUUCAAAGUCAAAGCCAAAGAAAACAAGUUCAUUGUCCGGGAAUUUUACUAUGACGAAAAGGAAAUUAAGAGAGAAAGGGAGGAGAUGACCAGGUUGCUGUCUGAUAAGAAACAACAGUAUCAAACUUCCUGUGUUGCUCUUAAAAAGGGAUCAGCCACCUACCGUGACCACAAGGUUAAGGUAACCCCGCUAGGUAACCCUGCUAGGCCUGCUGCGGGGCAGACCGACAGAGAGAGUGAGGGCGAGGGUGAGGGACCUCUGCUGCGCUGGCUCAAGGUGAACUUCAGCGAGGCCUUUAUUGCCUGGAUCCACAUUAAGGCCCUGAGAGUGUUUGUGGAGUCUGUGCUCAGGUAUGGACUUCCAGUCAACUUCCAGGCUGUGCUCCUGCAGCCGCAUAAAAAGUCAGCCACCAAACGCCUGCGAGAGGUACUCAAUUCUGUCUUCCGGCACCUGGAUGAAGUUGCUGCAGCAAGCAUACUGGAUGCGUCCGUGGAGAUUCCUGGACUACAGCUCAGCACCCAGGACUAUUUCCCCUACGUGUACUUCCAGAUCGACCUCAGCCUUCUCGACUAGGUGGCCAGCCUGUUUCCCUGCAGCCUCAGACCUUGCCAGACAACCGAGUCCUGCAGGAUUCUGACUCAGACGAUACUCACAGACAUUAGUUAGAGUGUAUUUAUUUUUUUAAGUUACAAUAAAAGUGCUCAGUCCUGUC